AUGGUAUUGCUGGAGUCGCCGUCUCUAAUAGAACGUGCUGAGCUAACACGUCCAAUUCCGGAGAACGCCCGAAAACUCGCACACCUCGUCGAGGUGCACGAAAAGCGAACGGAAGUGGGCAAUCAUAGCGUAUUCUAUCGAGAGGCACAACCACCUGAUAGCCACUACACAAAGGCAGUCAUCGUAUUUUUGCAUGGACAAUCGUACUCUUCUUCAACGUGGAUGGAUCGUGGGUCGUUGAGUACUUUUGCCGCUCUAGGUUAUCAUUGCAUAGCGCCCGAUCUCCCCGGUUCAGGACAGACUCGUGGACCAGCAUUGAGUGUGCAUGACAAGCCGCAAUUUUUACUUUCAUUUCUAAGUGUACUUGGUGUGAGGCAGGUUAUUGCGGUGACAGCGUCUAUGGCAGCACAAUACGUACUACCACUUCUGGCAAGGGACAUCUUCGUAUGUGCUGUCGGUAUCGCCCCCUCAAACACACACGAAAUUGUUCAACCGGCUCUCUACAGGACGCCAAUCCUCGUUCUAUGGGCGCGCGCCAUUAUCCUGACAAUCGACUCUUUUUCUCUCUCCAUGAUUGGAGACUAUGACACUUCGUUAGGACCGACAGCAGCUGCAAAUCUUCGCCUCCUUCCAAACGCCCGACUUCACAAAAUCGCCAAUGCGGGCCACGCUUGCUAUCUGAACAAUCCACAGGCGUUCGAAGAGGUAUGUGUGAACUUCUUCGAUCUGAUCCGCAACUAUCAUACUUUGUGA